CUUUCUUAUCGUUCAACGGUGAACGCUGUUGCGUCGAGGUCUCCGACGGCAACGUCCGCAACGACGACGACGACGACGUCGAUGGUUAUGACAGUUUUUACACAUUGUGUUGAUUUGCUUGAGGUUGGGGUUUAUUUUUGUCCGCUGCUUUUGGUGUUCUCUAGUACGUUUGAGUAUGCGGGCCCGAGAGCGUGUAUAAUGCGGUGGAGUGUACGGCAAACCUAAGCGCAGAAGUUCGAAUGAGCCAGAACACACCGAAGAGGAAGAAUCUGAUCUUGUUUUAGAACAUUUUUGUAGACUUGACAAUUUUUAAUAGUUCGACCGAUCAAAACAGUCACAAUGCAAGUGUGAUCCUGAUUUUAAGUAUGUAGUUUUUUGUUUGCAAUAGUGAUGAGUAAAAAAUGAGAAAAAAUAACCAAACCAUAAGAAACGCGCGUUCGCUCCAAACGACAUGAAAUUCUAAGAAUAAACAAUUUUGGAAACGAGAAAAUCUGAUAUGAAAUUGUGAAAAAUAGUUUUGUAUCUUAUCAGCUGGUGACGAAAAAAAAAAACACCAAACAAAUAUUAGUAACAACAACAGCAACAACAAAUGAGAAAAACAAAACACAGUAAACUACCAAGCACGUGACUGUAAACUUGGAGAUUACGCAAAGAACAACAACAACAUCCGAACCUCCAACAAAAGCAACAAGAACAUUUACCCCUACGGUAUCCAGCAACCUUUGAAAAAUUCAACAAGUUAUCAGUGAGGGUUGGUUGGCGUUGGCGUUGGUAUCGUGUGCAAAUGUCAAAUGAUCUUAAUUUCAAUAAACAAAACGACGACUACAACAACAACAACAACAGAAAACACUCAGUUAUUUGAAACAAAAUCAUAGCUCGGUCCGUGGAAGCAGUGGUCAUACCAAUACCAACACAAUCGACAAAUUCGAAUGGAAAUCAACACAGAAAUUCUCCAGUUCCAUGGCAUGACAGAUUUGCUUUUGGUAGAUAUGUUUAGUUGUGCAUAAAUGCCGAAUUGGCAACUCUGAACGAAUGUGAAUCCCAAGUGUCAAGUGUCAAAAUUCAAAUACAAAAAAGUAAUAAGAAAAAAAAUCAACCUCACAAACAAAGCAACAAAGCGAGAAAAAAUCCAAAAUAGAAAUUCAAACGAAACGGAAAUUCAUUUGAGCCGUCUCUCUCGCCAGUGCUCUGUCGUUCUCUUGGCCGCUCUUUUUGGCGAUCGCCUCAAUAAUCAAUUCAAAGAAGUAGUGCAAAUAUAAAAACGCAAACGACACAAUUGGUCCCUACCUACCUACAACAGAAUUCAAAUUGGCUUCAAUUGAUCUUUUUCCGUUAACUGCUGUACCGUCAGUCAGCCGUUCAGUUCGUUCCACUUGGAAUUGGAAUGUGAAUGCGCUCUUUGUGGUCACAUGCAAAUAUGGACUAUAAUGAAGGACAUCGAUACUGAGACAACAACAAAAUCAGCAAUUGCCGCAACAGCAACAGUAGUAUGGCCAUCGUGGUGCUAUUCCGACGAUAUUGGUAAAAAUUUGUUAAAGCAAAGCACGGACGUAGCGGGCAAGGAUACGCUCAGAGAUGAACUAGAAAUUGAUCUGGCUGAAAGCAGAACUGAAAGAACAACACAAACAAAGACCAAACAAAUCCCAACCAGUGGAUCCAGACAGCACAAACUACUUAAGCGAGAGUCGAUUGGCAAUAAAAUGCUUAGCGAACGUUCUCUGCUCUUGAGCGGCUACAAUAACAACUCCAUUGACGGUGUCAAAAAGAGUUGUGAACUGAGCAACAAGACCACCCCAGCAACAACACCCAACUUGAGUACGGCACAAGCAACGUCUACACCGACGUUGACGGUUACGCCAACCACAACGGCGGCAGCAGCGGCUGCCUACUUGUACUUGGAAAAGGUAAAAAAUGAACGCAUGUCACCGAGGGUGACGGCCGCUCAAAUAGAUUCUCUGAAGGAUGCCAUUAUGGAGUCAUCGGCAGCCGCUGCCGCAGUUGCUGCAGCAAUGGUGAAUAAUAACAACAACAGCUCAUCGAUUAACAACAACAAUAAUAAUAACAGCAACAACAGUGGCAACACAAAUAGUUGCAACAACAGUCACAGCGCCAACAGUACCGUUCUAAGUCAAAAUCAAAUUGCGAACUCCCUUAACAACAACAACAAUAACACCAACACCAGUGAUGAAACACCAAGUCAUUCCCUUCAAUCGUCGAUUGGCCCACAGCACCCCCACCACCAGCCAGCAUCCAUCCACCUGUCCAGCAAUCAUGUGAAAAGAGAAAGACUUAGCCCGGCCACAGGCACAAAUGGUGACCUCCAAUCGGCCCUGUCGAGAUCACGAAGUACAACACCCUCGUCGUUUCGUGGUCCAUCACCGCAACAUUCGGUACACAGUAGCCCAUCCGAAACUGUGGUGCCCAUGCAUAAUCUCUCCAGCAACCUGUUAAAUAGCAUCCAGCAAGCAGCAUCGUCGUCUGGACGCCAGAGCAACAUCAGUUUCCCCAAUGUUGUGAUAAGCAGUUCAGCUUCUUCUCUGCCCAGCGAUUUUUCAACCCGAAACUAUUCGGAUUUUAUGAGAUGCCUAGCGGCAAAGUACAAUAAUACGAAUCCCACAGAUUCUAGCAAUUCAAGACGUCAAACGUUUUUCGAUACAACAACUACAAACAAUGCAACCAAAAAGACAACGUCCGUCUCGUCGAAAGUUCCCUACCCCCCACCGUCAACGUCGAUUAGUAAGGAAAUUUCAAUAACGACCACACCCACGCUGCCUCCACCACAACCCAUUUCGUCGGGUGCAAUAUCGCCGGGCGACACUUCGCUCAGCCAUGCGCAACAGACUCAAAUGGCAGCUGCGGUGGCAUCAGCUGCUGCCGCCAAUAGCGCCAGCGCUGGCAAUGUUUCUCCUUUCAUGACAUCUUUCCUCUCAAGUUUGCCCUUUGCACAAGGCAUUUUGCCGCCGCUCAUUGAUAUGAGCAGUACUCAGGCGUUGAUAACUUUGGCACGAGCAGCCAAAGAAAACGAAAUGCACAACAUUUUACAAAUGAACCAGACUUUAAAGCGAAGCUCUUCAAGUGCUUCGCCCUCACCCAGUCCCAGUUUAAAUAUGGCCCUGCAGCAGGCCGGCCAAUUCAUUACGCCCGCUCUACUCUAUUCAGCUCAAGCGCAGAAACAGCAACAGCAACAGGUCUCAAGCCAAUCUAGUCCACGUUCAACACAUUUACCCAACACAACAUCUGGUGCGGCCAACAAUGUCCUCGGCAAAAACGCUGGGGACAAGAGGAACGCCUCACCACUGGACCUCAGUUCGCAGCCGCCAGCGUCUAAACGUUUUAAAAUCGAGUCCAAUACAUCAAGCCAAAGUAGUUCCGAAGGUCUCUUAGAUGCAACCAUAAAGCGUCGUAGCUCAACGUCAACCCCUACCACAUCGCCAUCUCCCCCGCCCCUCAAUGAUCGCCCCACGAGUCCAAACGCAAUAGAAUGGACAACGGCUACCUCGAGUGGCCUGGGUGUCAUGAGUACACGUCGGUGUCAGGCACACAGCGAAGAAGUCAAUUCGUGGACGGUGGACGAUGUUUGUGCAUUCGUUGGAAGCAUAGACAUUUGUGCCGAAUAUGUCAAGCAUUUUCGCGAUCAAUGCAUUGACGGUUCUGGCCUUCCGUUACUAACGGAAGAUCAUCUGGUCAAUUCGUUAGGAAUGAAAUUGGGACCAGCCCUAAAGCUACGUUCGAUGUUGGCGAAAAAACUUGGCGGCCCCUGUCCCUGUGUGUCAUGUGUAGCCCAGGCACAACAAAUGCUGGCCCUACAAACGGCAGUUGGAAUCACACCGACCGGCGGCACCCCAGUAACAGAGAAGACUGCUAACAGCUUUCAACCAAAGUCAGCAACAACAAGCGGUAACGAUGACGCUAAUAGCAAUAGUAACAACAGCAACAAUGCUACUUCCGAUAAAACGCUCGGUGUACAAGCAACAAAGACAAUAACGCCCCAUACAAAUGCCUCAGCAGCAGCAACAACAAAAAAUAGUUCGGAGCACAGCAGCGAUACGAAUUGCCAAAUAAAUGUUGCAACUUGUCCACAGUCUUCGCAGAAUAAAUGUAAUGCAACUAGUACUAAUUACAGCAGCAUCAAAACCAGCAACAACAACAAAUCCAAUGCCAGCGUUCGUGACGACAAUAAUGGUUCCAGUUCCAGCUAGUAGUCCCGCGGGUUCUUUGCAUUUGACAGAAAUUCAUAUUUGUUUGAUCAUGACAUGUUUUUUUUUAUAUUCUAAACCCUGUUGCAUUUUUUUAAUCUUCGAGAAAGUAGUGACUUUCCAACGGCAUUGAUUCCCAAUUGUAUUUGCCUUUGGUAUGUUGGUAAGGACAGAGACAGGACAACAUCCACGAAAGCAAAUGAAUAUUCGGAUCCGCUUUGUCACUUGAAAGUAAAAACGCAACGAAGGCGGUCACUCCAAGCUAGGUUUUUGUUAAGGGCAAAAAUCGAAAAGUCCUGAAGCCGACUUUUGCUCUCGACGACGCAUCCUUUAUGCGGAAGUAAAAUUCAAUGUUUAUGAAAAAGUUAUUUGAAGAAUGAUUCAUAAUGUCAUCCUUUAAGCAGAUGAAGGGGAAGUGUGAAAAAAUGGGUUAAAUUGGGGCGACGACUAGUUCGCUCGUAGUUUAAGAGGUUUUCUGGUCUCUAAACUCUUUAAGCUUCCUAGUUUUUCAUCUGGCCACACUAAGAUCUGCUUCACAUAUCGGGAGAUGCACGGACUUUUCAUUGGUGUUGGUAGUUGUGAGAGGUAAUCAUUGCUCCGCAGGGAGAAUUUUCCUAUACCUGAAAAUGUCUGUAACUGCGUUGCAUUCAACUAAUGCACUACCCAGAAUUGUUUUAGUCGCUGUCGCUGCAAUAUGCAACUUAACCUGGUCUGACAUAGAGCAGAAUGUGCUUCACCAGGCAUGAUAUCCAUAGGACAUCGUAUGUAUAAAUUGAGGCCUUAAACAAAAACUUUUUACUAAGGUGUUCUUAAAUGAGUAGAUAUCAAUUAAGGGUUUGUUUAUGCGUUGGUCUGUAGUUGUAAUUCAUGGUCCUUCAUUGACCAAGGUGAAGAAAUUCUAGCAUUUCAAAGCACAGAUUUGCUCAUUUUCACUCGGGAUCGAAACUUGCUCGCGAGCAGGAUUGUUCGAAGAGUGUGAGUUUUUUACGGAGUCUACUCUUCCCUCUUUUGUUUUGCGUGGAAGCCCUCCCAAACUGUAACUCUGGUUUGGAAACUUAGAGUGGGAGCAGAAUCGCUCAAAAUAGAGCAAGACUUUGAUCAUUGAGUGAAAAUGCGCGGGAAAAAAUCUCUAUCGCAAUACACACUUUAACUGAUCUUAUCUCUAAAUUUCAAAACUCAUUGAAUUUUUAGUUAAUCUUAUGUAUACGUGAAUAUAAAUUUUGAGAGAUUGAGACAAUUUAGUUACAAUGGAAACUUUUUAUACCCUCCACCAUAGCAUGAAGGGUAUGUUAAGUUUGUCAUUCCGUUCGUAACACCUCGAAAUAUACAUUUUAGACCCCACAAAGUAUAAAUAUUCUUGAUCAGAAUAUAAUUCUAUGUCGAUUUAGCCCUGUCCGUCCGUCUGUCUGCCUGUAGGUUGAUAAAAUUUUUUAUCAAAUGUGUACAAUGUCUGCAGGACUUUUGUAUUGAAAAUGGGUGAUGUAGGUCCACGUUUUGGUAUAGCCCACAUAUAAUGGUACCUCCCUUUCCUCCGUAUUUUGGUGAUUUAAGCGACAUUAUUCACCGGAAAUGUUUCAAAUUUGGAAUUUGAAGUUCGUAAUGAGCACUACAGUCUAUGACAGAAAAUUGUCUGUGCAGGUCCACGUCUUCGUAUAGCCCCCCUAUACUCGGAAUUUUGAUGAUUUUAGCUACAUUAUUCACCGAUUUUUUACCGACUUGUAAUGGUUUAUGACAAAAGUUGCCUAUGCAGUCGUCGUAUAGACCCUAAUAUAACGGCUAUAUUCGGUAUUUUGAUGAUUUUAACAGAAUUUUUAACGGAUUUUAUUUUAUUAUUAUUAUUUAUUUAUUUAUUUUUUUUUUUUUUUUUUUUGAAAAUUCCCAAAAUCCUUUUAAAUGGAGGAGGCUAUUGAAAGAUCGAACCGGCAAAACUUACAGAUUUUUUACUUGUUGCAAUUAAAUUGUUCAAAGGCGCGUUUACAUAAAAGAUUGCUAAAGUCUUUAGCAGUGAUAAUUAACCAAUCACAAUAAAUUUGAUGAAAUAGAAUUUCGUAAAUAA